CCGGGGCCGCGGGGCGCGCGCGCGCGUGUCUGCGUGUGUGGGGACCCGGGCUCCGGACGCGGCGGGCCGCGGGCGUGAGCGCGAGCCCGCGGGGGCAGCGAGGAGCCCGGCGCCGAGAGGCGGCCGCCUCCCGGGCGGGCCCUGCGCAGCUCGCCGCAGCCGCGUCGUCGGCUCGCGGAGGCCUGGCUCGUCAUUGAUUCGCGGUCGCCGCUGCCAUUGUGACGGGAUCGCCUCGCCCACCGCGCCUCCCGGUCCCGCUGCGGGCACACGCGCGGGCGGCGGCGUGUGCUUGCUUCGUCGUCGGGCACGUCGUGUUGGUGCCUGUUAACCUCAGCGCCCUGGCUGGACGGUGGGUUCCUCCAUAAAGUUGUUAAGCCAAUCAAAAUGGUGCAUAUCAUCUAACAUCUAGUAUGAUGUCAAAGGGUCUCCAUUUCUGAAAAAAACAUCAUCAAGAACAAGGAGGACAUGGAGGCCGAGUUGCUAACAGCCCGGUCCCACACACUGGUGACCUUCAAGGAUGUACUUGUGAACUUCUCCAGGGAGGAGUGGAAGCUGCUGGACACGGCUCAGCAGAUCAUGUACAAAGAUGUGAUGCUGGAGAACUAUAAGAAUCUGAUUUCCUUGGGGCAUCAGCUUCCCAAACCAGAUGUGAUCCUCCAGUUGGAGAAAGGGGAAGAGCCGUGGCUGGUGGAGAGAGGGAUUCACCGGGAGACCCGUCCAGAUUUGGACACUGUGGUUGAAAUUAAAUCAUCGGUGUCCAGUAAGAGUAUUUCCAAAGAUAAACAAUCCUAUGGCAUUAAAAUGGAAGGAAUUCCAAAGAAUGAUCUCUGGUAUUUAUCAUUAGAAGAAGUCUGGAAAUGUGAAGACCAGUUGGACAAGUAUCAGGAAAACCAGGAGAGACAUUUGAGGCAAGUGGCAUUCACCCAAAAGAAAGUACUUACUCAGGAGAGAGUCUGUGAAAAUGGUAAAUUUGGGGGAAAUUGUCUUCUUCCUGCUCAACUAGUGCUGAGGGAGUAUUUCCAUAAACAUGACUCACAUACUAAAAGUUUAAAACAUAAUUUAGUUUUUAGUGGUCAUCAGGAAAGCUAUGCAAGUAAUAGUAGUGAAUGUGGUCAAACCUUCUGUCAAAACAUUCACCUUAUUCAGUUUGCAAGAACUCAACCAGGAGAGAAGUCCUACAAAUGCCCUGAUACUGUCAACUCUCCUACUGGUGGUACAUCCCUUGGUGGAUCGAAGGGCAUGCAUAGGGAUAAACCAUAUGAAUGUAAGGAGUGUGGAAAAUUCUUUAGCUGGCGUUCUAAUCUUACCAGGCACCGGCUUAUUCAUAGUGGAGAAAAACCCUAUGAAUGUAAAGAAUGUGGAAAGUCUUUUAGCCGGAGUUCUCACCUCACUGGACAUCAGAAGACUCACACUGGCGAGGAACCCUAUGAAUGUAAAGAAUGUGGAAAGUCCUUCAGCUGGUUCUCUCACCUUGUGACCCACCAGAGAACUCACACAGGAGACAAACUGUACACAUGCAGCCACUGUGGAAAAUCUUUUGUUCACAGCUCCAGGCUCAUUAGGCAUCAGAGAACUCACACUGGAGAGAAACCUUAUGAGUGUCCCGAGUGUGGGAAGUCUUUCAGACAGAGCACACAUCUCAUUCUGCAUCAGAGAACUCACGUCAGAGUGAGGCCCUACGAAUGUAACGAGUGUGGGAAGUCGUAUAGCCAGAGGUCUCACCUUGUGGUGCACCACAGGACUCACACGGGACUGAAGCCCUUUGAGUGUAAAGACUGUGGAAAAUGCUUCAGUAGAAGCUCUCACCUUUUCUCCCAUCAGAGGACACACACUGGAGAGAAACCAUAUGAGUGCCACGACUGUGGGAAGUCCUUCAGCCAGAGUUCUGCUCUCAUCGUGCAUCAGAGAAUUCAUACUGGAGAGAAGCCAUAUGAAUGCUGCCAGUGUGGGAAAGCCUUCAUUCGGAAGAACGACCUUAUUAAGCAUCAGAGGGUUCAUGCUGGGGAAGAGACCUAUAAAUGUAAUCAGUGUGGGAUUAUCUUCAGCCAGAACUCUCCGUUGAUAGUACAUCAAAUAGCCCACACUGGAGAGCAGUUCUUAACAUGUAACCAGUGUGGGACAGCGCUUGUUAACAGCCCUAACUUUAUUCGGUAUCAGACAAAUCACAUUAGAGAGAAUACUUACUAAUAUUACAAAUGUGGAAAGUUCUUCACAAAGAGCAAUAACUUUGUUUUACAUUGGAAACUACUUCUGGAGGGAAGUGGUAUAGAUGUAAUCUCUGUAGAAAUGUUUUCAAUCUUGUUACUACCAUUUUGUGCACUAGAGAGUUGGUCCUGGAAGGGGAAAUAACCUGCAGAUUUCACGGCAGAACACAAAAACCACCAGCUUUUCUUUCCACGAUUUCCUACAAAAGCAGUUAUCCUUGGAGCAUUCUUGACCAAGCCUUAAAAUGCUAGAAUCUGAGAAGGAACCAUUGAAGUAGGUGGGAGAUUAUCCAGCUUCGUUGCCUUCUUCAAAAAAAUGUCAGUCGGAAUGAUACUUUAGAAAGACAAGUCAGUGAGAGUUGCUAUUACAAAGAAUAAAAAUUUGAUAUUUGUUGUAACAAAAGCGGAAAAUAAUAUUCCAGUGAAAUAAUGUGCCAUGUUUUUACUUGAUUGUCCUUCUGGGACAUUUGGUAGUGUCUCCUCUGUUUUGUGUGUCUGAUAUAAACCACAUUUUGGUUAGUAGCAGGGAAAAUACUUAUAAUGUAAAGCAGAAAAAGAACACAUUUACUAGUAAUGGUACUUAUUUUAAGUAUAUUUGCAUGUGAGCAAGAAUUGAGAAAUAAUCUGGAUAAUGAACAGAAUCUAUUUUGUUAGGUAAUGGGAUUGAGUGAGCUUUGUAGUUUAUUCCAUGUUACUCCUAAUUAUUUGAAGAUAUUUUUAAACAUUAAAAAGGAUAUCCAGUUUCUCUAAUCUGUCAGCAAGGAUGCUUAAGGACCAUCUGCUAGCAAACUUUCCCCUUCUACAUUGUUUGGGUCAUAGGACUGUACUCUUUGAGACCAUGUGCUGAAGGCUCCUGGGAAUUUAAACACAGGGAUUCUUUGGACUUUGAGACCUAGAAGAUGAUUAGGUGUUUGAGCACAUGAGGGAGGGUCCCCCUUUGAGUGGGAAGCAGGUACCUGGUCCAGUCUUAGAGCAGCUGUGCUCAUGAAGUAAACAGCACUUCUCAAAGCCACCCUCCUUAUAAAGUUAUGAGUUACAAAGUUACGAAGUUCCACCUCUGUCCUUAACUUGCUGGGUGAACUUGGGCAUGCUUCCUAGCAUCUCUGUGCCUCUUCUGUAAAUUAGGGAUAUUACUUAUCGUGUAGGACAGUGGUGAGUGUUAACUGAGUAAACAUACAAACAGCUUAGAAUAGUGCCUGACACAUGUUAAGUGUUGUGUUGUUGUGGCCGUGGUAAUUGCUGUCAUUGUUGUCCCACCUCCGGUGUAUGUCUUUGAAUUUAAACCUGCUUGCGUGUGAGUGAGAGCUUACGAGCUCUCACUUCCUUCCCAGCCGUGUUUCCUUCUUACCUACGUCAGCACUUCACAACCUGAGGAAAUCACUACCCAUAGUGGGUGUUAUCGACUCACUUCUGAGGAUCAAUAAACAACUUUUAAUAUUGUAUGUGAAA